GAAGACCGAGAGAAGGUCAUUCUCGCGCAUAACGCUGUUGACAAUCUUGUCCCCGAGCUUCCUGAUAAAGAGUACGCGAACUGGGAUGUGUUUGAUGCCGCGCUGAAAGCGCACGAGAAAGCAAACUACUUGAAGUUCCGCGUCCGCAGCUCCGAAACCAAAGAAAAGCACGACAGGUAUGGC